GACCCUGCCCCGGAGCCGCCAUGGGCCGCCGCCCCGCGCGCUGCUACCGGUACUGCAAGAACAAGCCGUACCCCAAGUCCCGCUUCUGCAGGGGCGUCCCCGAUGCCAAGAUCCGCAUCUUCGACCUGGGCCGGAAGAAGGCCAAGGUGGAUGAGUUCCCCCUGUGCGGCCACAUGGUGUCGGAUGAAUAUGAGCAGCUCUCCUCCGAAGCGCUGGAGGCUGCCCGGAUCUGUGCCAACAAGUACAUGGUGAAGAGCUGCGGGAAGGACGGCUUCCACAUCCGCGUGCGCCUGCACCCCUUUCACGUCAUCCGCAUCAACAAGAUGUUGUCCUGCGCCGGCGCCGACAGGGCAGACGGGGAUGCGUGGCACCUUCGGCAAGCCCCAGGGCACCGUGGCUCGGGUGCACAUCGGCCAGGUCAUCAUGUCCAUCCACACCAAGGCCCAGAACAAGGAGCACGUGGUGGAGGCCCUGCGCAGAGCCAAGUUCAAGUUCCCCGCGCGCCAGAAGAUCCACAUCUCCAAGAAAUGGGGCUUCACCAAGUUCAACACGGACAAGUUCGAGGACAUGGUGGCUGAGAAGUGGCUGCUGCCAGAUGGCUGUGGCGUAAAA